UACGACGAAUUGUUAUAACAAGUAACAAUUUAAUUGUAAAUAUUAUAAGGCGAAAUUAAUGAGAUGACUUUUUCCGAAGAUCAAGUGGGAGUGAAGUUGGACCGAUGUGUGUCUGAUACAAUUAUUAAAGGAAGUGGCGGACUUCUGAUUGGAUCAGUGAUGUCGUUAUUAUUUUUUAAAAGACGUGUGUGGCCUGUGUGGCUAGGAUCUGGGUUUGGCGUUGGUGUGGCCUACAGUACUUGUGAAAAGAACUUAAACUCAUCUAAAUAAAUGUUAUUGCAUAUGUAGUAUAUAUGAAUAUAAAA